UACUGAUCUGUCACUAGAACCGUCAAAACACCUUUAAAAAAACCCAUACCACUUCAACUAGAGCCUCUUAAAACUGUUCUUCCUUUAAAUAAUAUAGAAACCUUGCUAAUCUAUCCCCAAACCUUAAAAAAAACACCUUUGAAAACCCGUGCGUAGCCUCAUCUAACGAAAGCCUAUGGGAAGAAGCAGUGGGGGUGCGCGGGACUGUUGCCAAAUGGAAUACUAACUUUUGUCUUGUUUCCAGUUAUGCAAUGUGGGUUUGCUUUCCUGGAGGCGGGCGCUGUGAGGUCCAAAAACACGACAAACAUCCUAAUCAAGAACAUUUUGGACGUGUCACCCACAGUCAUCGGGGGCAUCGCGUACUGGGUAGUCGGAUACGCCCUAGCUUUUGGACGCGGCAACCCCUUCUGCGGGACGAGCCUGUGGGCGGGCGUGGGCGUGCAGGACGAGCGGCUGGCCUUCUGGUUCUUCCAAUUUGUGUUUGCCGCCACCGCCGCCACCAUAGUGUCAGGGUCCAUGGCGGAGAGAUGCGCCUUCCACGCCUAUCUCAUCUACUCCGUGGUGCUGACAGCUGUGGUGUACCCUGUGGUGUCUCAUUGGGCGUGGUCUGAGGACGGCUGGCUAGCGGGCACCCCUUACCAGGACUUCGCAGGGUCGGGGGUGGUGCACCACGGGGGCGUGGCGGCAUUGGUGGGUUCUGUCAUCCUGGGGCCACGCUAUGGUCGCUUCGGCCCCACUGGGAAGAUCCUGCGGGGUCAUUCUGUGCCGCUGGCAGCACUGGGCGGCUUCAUCCUCCUCUUCGGCUUCCUGGCUUUUAACGGCGGGUCACAGGCGUCCAUCAGCCACGAGGGGGACGCGGGGGCAGUGGCGAAGGCAGUCGUGAACACCGUCAUCUCCGGCUGCUGUGGGGGCGUCACGGCGCUUCUAGUUUACAGGUCCAGAUUCUGCGGGCGCCUCUCCACCUGGUCCUUCCUAAUGGCGCUUAACGGGGCCCUAACUGCUAUGACAAACAAAACACCAAAACACCCACAAACCGAUCCCCCACCGCCCCCUGCCCCCCCAGUGGACGACCCCCUUGACGCCGUGGCAGUGCACAUGGGCGGGGGGCUGUGGGGGCUGGUGGCGGUGGGGCUGCUGCAGGAGGGAGGGGCGGUGCGCGGCGGCUCCCUCGCUACACUGGGCUGGAACCUCGUGGGCGCGCUGGCUAUCAUGGCGUGGGCGGGGGGCUUGUGUCUCAUCAUUUUCGGCGCCCUUAGACACCUCGGCUGGCUACGCGUGUCUGUGGAUAUGGAGAUGCAAGGCAUGGACAUCCUGAAGCACGGGGAGCCGGCGUACCCUGCGGAGGCGUGGCUGGAGCGGCAGUACUCCUUCACGGCCUCCUCUAAAGGGUGCCAAGACGACAGUGACCUGCCUCCCAACAUGACAGCCUCGUGGCGCCCCCAGGCUCCCCACCACCCCCACCACAACGGCCUGUCGCUGCCUCCUGCCCCCAGCCCCCACCAACCCUCCGCUGACCUCCACGAGCUGGCCGAGAUCACGGGUCACGCCAGUCAAGCCGGCCAUCAGAGGUCACAGGGUCACAUCAAUGAAGGUUUCGUCAUGGAGAAGUUGUAGUAGACGCAAUUCAUG